CUCGUUCGUCGACUCAGGAGUUCGCGGAUUUAUACCUGGUUCGCUGUGAUUUUUGCUGCUUGAAGCAUUGCCCUUUUCUUGCGAUGCGGUCGAAGGGAAAUUGAUGCUCGGAAGGUAGCCAGCGACAACCGGAGCCGAUCGCUCUAAAUGGGAGCAGCAAAAAAAGAGGAGUACAGCCGGUGCCUUCGAUUGUUGGAAAUCGCACCCAACGAGGCCGUCUUUUGAUUGGAGCCUGUGGCUGUAUUUUUUUUUUGCGCUGCGCGCACCUCUCCGUGGCCAAUCAUGUGGAACCGAAAAGUGUUCAUUAGGAUUAUCGAGCUGAUUCUGUGCAUCGCGUGCGUCGUCGCUUUGAGGGUGACGGACGACGAAAGCCGAAGAGUCUUUCAUUACCUGCGCAACAGAAGCCGCGAGAGAUGGUCCCUCUUGAAUAACGUCACAUGGGGUACAAUUGGUGCCGCUCUUGCGACAGCCACCUGCGGUGGCUACACAAUCGUAAUCGCGGGUCUGCUCAUCGCCGCAGCCAGCGGAGAACUCAGAGGCCAGAAGACGGAAAAAUUCCUACUCGGCCUGGGCAUCGUUCUGUUCGCCAUCGUGGGAACGCUGUCGCUGUUCUCGGUCGACGAUGUGCCGAACGAUCUCGUCGACAAUGCCAUAAUCUUCGGCUCUCUGUGCAUCAUAACGGCCAUCGUGUUCAUUGUCGACUUCCUGAUGAGCCCCGUGGUUGGCAAGAAAAAACACGAUGGCACCCAAACGCUGUCCAGCAAGGAACAAGCCAAGCAGUACGUGACGACGACGACAAUGACGGUAAACGAGAAGGAGCCUCCCGCGCUCAAAGCCGUAACGACCUGGAUGUCACCGACGCCCGAAAUGACGGAGAAACGCAACAGCGCGAACAACGACUCAGCGCCCGAGGACGACGACCGGGAGAACAGGCUCGAGAGAGCCGAGAGGCAGAUGCGCGAGUACGCCCAGAACAUCGAGAACGGCAGGGGGGCCCGAGGAAAGCAAGCCCGGGACGAAGCGACGCGGAAGGUGAACGGGUACUACCGGGCCGACGACGUUUACCAGAGGCCCAUGGACGAAGUCGACGACGCGCCGCCCUUUCCGACCCACAUGGGUGAGAUCUUUCCGAAAGUCGUCAACCCUGGCGUCAAGAUAAUGCGGGUCGAGCGCGAUGACGAGCAUCGGGGCUACGACAACUACAGGUAUUCCGAUUCAAGUCAGUAUGACAACGUGCCGACGCGAAUGCGCGGCUCUACCUCUUCCCCAGGAAUCUUAAAGAGGCAGCGAGACGCGUUCUUCGGCGAUCAGCGUCGUUCGCGCGACUAUCGGCAUCAUCCGGUCGCGACGGAAGACGAACGCCUUCGACAACAGCAGCGCAAUCGGUCGCACCCAGGUACGACAGCCACCCCACGGGACGAGAUCGAGAUGCUGGAGGAUUAUUUCGACGGGCUGAGGAUGUCGACGAGGAGUACGAAUCGCGCUACCCAAACUACCGACGCUAAGAAGACGAUGGUGCCUGGUGGGGUGGUCUCGGAGGUCACGACGACCGCGGCACCGAUCUCACCGAACGAUCCGGGCUUCGUGCGGCACACGGCGAGCAAUUGGCCACACAGUUUGAAACCUAACACGCCGACCUGAUGACAAUGUGUCUGAGAUCGGAGUGUGGGACGAUGUCGAUACGUGUGCCUUGCGAUAGUAUUCCAUGGAUAUGGAUUUUCAUCACCUUUUUUUUUUCUUAUUUUAAAUUAGGUUUUGUCUCUGAAGGUAGUGAUGUAAAGGCCGUAAGGUUUGCUCACUCGACAACUCGGUUUUUUUUUUCUUCUUACCUCUGAUUUCCGCCACGUUUGUUCAAUGUUAUGCUGUAGAAGAUUAGUUAGACAUUCAAAGUGGAGGUGGAGAAACAGGCUAUCCCGACAGCUACUGUGACUAGUCGAAAAUUUUUAUGCAUAUUAACUAUAUAUUCGCGUGAGCACACCUUACGUUCUCUACAUUAUGAUUCAAGCCAUCUUUUUUUUUUAAUUUUUUGUAAUUUGUAUACCAACCCAAAAUCAGUACGGAGUGUGUUAUUGCAUUGGUUUUGUAAAUAUAUCAUGUGUUCUGUAAUUACCAAUCUUUUUUUUUUUACAUGUAUAACAAAUUGUUAAUAAUUCAAUAAAAUAUCUUAAAGAAUUGAGA